AUGGUGAUGAAGUACUUAUUGAAAAAAAAAAAGAAUGAAGAGAAAAAGACAUCCGAUCCAGUGGAUGCAUUUUUAUUAGGCAUUGGGAGCACAAUGAAGACAUUCGACCCAUAUUUUUUAAACUUGGCCAAGUCAAAAAUUUUUAAUAUCGUCCAAGAUAUAGAAAUGCAACAAAUUAUGAGAAACCAAAACCCGGUACCUCAGUUAAAUAUUGCACCGAACUACAAUGUGCCCCCUAUUUGGUCACCUCAUAAUUAUCCACUAAUCUGGACCAAUAUAGAGUUUCAUAAUUAUCAACCACCUUCAGCAUAUUGGAGCGUGAUUCAUAUAAUCCUAUAUCUGCAGAGCUUUCCAGCACUCAUAAUGUGA